GCCGUGGGGCCGCGCCGUCGCUUCCUGACGGGGCGGCGCGCACGGACGCGGCCGGUGCCGGCCGGGACGCCGGGCCCGCAGCCUCGCUAGUCCGCUCGCUCGCGCCGCCCGCCCGCGGGGCUGCCAGCCCCCUCCGGGCCGGGGCCAUGCAGGAGAGCCAGACCAAGAGCAUGUUCGUGUCCCGGGCCCUGGAGAAGAUCCUAGCCGACAAGGAGGUGAAGCGGCCCCAGCACUCCCAGCUGCGCAGGGCCUGCCAGGUGGCGCUCGAUGAAAUCAAAGCAGAAAUAGAGAAGCAGAGGCUUGGCACCACAGCACCGCCAAAGGCGAGCUUCAUCGAAGCUGACAAGUAUUUCCUUCCCUUCGAGCUGGCUUGCCAGUCCAAGUCCCCCCGGGUGGUCAGCACGUCUCUUGACUGCUUGCAGAAACUCAUCGCCUACGGGCACAUCACUGGCAAUGCCCCCGACAGUGGAGCCCCUGGGAAACGGCUGAUUGACAGGAUUGUGGAAACCAUUUGCAAUUGUUUUCAGGGCCCUCAGACGGAUGAAGGGGUUCAGUUACAAAUAAUUAAGGCUCUUUUGACUGCGGUGACUUCCCCACACAUUGAAAUCCAUGAGGGCACCAUCCUGCAGACAGUGAGGACAUGUUACAACAUCUAUUUGGCCAGCAAAAAUCUCAUCAAUCAAACCACUGCCAAGGCCACGCUCACCCAGAUGCUGAAUGUCAUCUUCACCCGCAUGGAAAACCAAGUGUUGCAGGAAGCCAGAGAAUUGGAAAAACCAAUUCAGUCAAAACCCCAGUCCCCCGUGAUUCAAGCUGCAGCAGUAUCCCCAAAGUUCAGCCGUUUAAAGCAGACCCAGGCACAAAGCAAACCAACAACUCCUGAGAAAACAGACCUGCCCAACGGCGAGCAGGCCAGAGGUGGGCCUGGCAGAGAGAACGGAGACGCACCCAGAGAAAGAGGCCCAUCACUCUCAGGGACUGAUGAUGGAGCCCAGGAGGUGGUAAAGGACAUCUUAGAAGAUGUAGUUACCUCUGCUGUGAAAGAAGCAGCAGAAAAGCAUGGUCUGACAGACCCCGACAGGGUCCUGGGUGAACUGGAGUGCCAGGAAUGUGCCAUCCCCCCUGCAGUUGAUGAAAACUCACAGACCAAUGGCAUAGCAGAUGACAGACAGUCCUUGUCGUCAGCGGAUAACCUGGAGGCAGAUGUGCAAGGGCACCACGUGGCCGCCAGGUUCUCUCACAUCCUGCAGAAGGACGCCUUCUUGGUAUUUCGCUCCCUGUGCAAGCUGUCCAUGAAGCCCCUUGGGGAAGGCCCCCCAGACCCCAAAUCCCACGAGCUGCGGUCCAAGGUGGUUUCCCUGCAGCUGCUCUUGUCCGUGUUGCAGAAUGCCGGUCCCGUCUUCAGGACACACGAGAUGUUCAUCAAUGCAAUCAAGCAGUAUCUCUGUGUGGCCUUGUCCAAAAACGGCGUCUCUUCAGUGCCUGAUGUCUUUGAGCUCUCUCUCGCCAUUUUUCUUACUCUUCUUUCAAACUUUAAAAUGCACUUGAAAAUGCAGAUAGAGGUUUUUUUCAAAGAGAUUUUCCUGAACAUUCUAGAAACGUCCACAAGUUCUUUUGAGCACAGGUGGAUGGUCAUUCAGACCCUGACAAGGAUCUGUGCAGAUGCCCAGUGUGUUGUGGAUAUUUAUGUCAACUAUGACUGUGACCUAAAUGCUGCUAACAUUUUCGAGCGUCUAGUAAAUGAUUUAUCCAAAAUUGCUCAGGGAAGAAGUGGCCAUGAGUUGGGAAUGACACCUCUGCAGGAGCUGAGUCUGAGGAAGAAAGGUCUGGAGUGCCUUGUGUCCAUUCUCAAGUGCAUGGUGGAGUGGAGCAAGGACCUCUACGUGAAUCCCAACCACCAGGCCAGCCUCGGUCAGGAGAGGCUCACAGAUCAGGAAAUGGGGGAUGGCAAAGGCCUGGACAUGGCAAGAAGGAGUAGUGUGACGUCCAUGGAGUCCACGGUGUCCUCUGGGACCCAGACAACUUUUCAGGAUGACCCGGAGCAGUUCGAGGUCAUCAAGCAACAGAAGGAAAUCAUCGAACAUGGCAUCGAGCUCUUCAACAAGAAACCCAAGAGGGGCAUCCAGUUUCUCCAGGAGCAGGGCAUGCUGGGAACGAUGGUGGAAGACAUCGCCCAGUUCCUGCAUCAGGAGGAGCGCCUGGAUUCUACCCAGGUAGGUGAUUUUCUGGGAGACAGCACGAGGUUCAACAAGGAGGUGAUGUACGCCUACGUGGACCAGCUGGACUUCUGUGAGAAGGAGUUCGUCUCUGCCCUGCGGACGUUCCUGGAAGGUUUCCGCCUCCCUGGGGAAGCCCAGAAGAUUGACCGGCUGAUGGAGAAGUUUGCUGCUAGAUACAUAGAGUGCAACCAGGGGCAAACUCUGUUUGCUAGUGCCGACACGGCGUACGUCCUGGCCUACUCCAUCAUCAUGCUCACGACAGACUUGCACAGCCCUCAGGUAAAAAAUAAAAUGACAAAAGAACAGUAUAUUAAAAUGAAUCGGGGUAUUAAUGAUAGUAAAGAUCUACCAGAAGAAUAUCUCUCCAGCAUCUACGAAGAGAUAGAAGGCAAGAAAAUUGCAAUGAAAGAAACAAAAGAGCACACCAUGGCGACCAAAUCCACCAAGCAGAACGUGGCCAGUGAGAAGCAGCGGCGGCUGCUCUACAACUUGGAGAUGGAGCAGAUGGCUAAAACGGCCAAAGCGCUGAUGGAGGCCGUGAGCCACGCCAAAGCCCCCUUCACCAGUGCCACACACUUGGACCACGUCCGGCCCAUGUUCAAACUGGUGUGGACGCCGCUGCUGGCAGCCUACAGCAUUGGACUGCAGAACUGUGACGACACUGAAGUGGCCUCCCUGUGUUUGGAAGGCAUCCGCUGUGCCAUCCGAAUUGCCUGCAUCUUUGGGAUGCAGCUGGAACGAGAUGCCUACGUUCAGGCCCUGGCUCGCUUCUCCCUGCUGACGGCCAGCUCCAGCAUCACAGAGAUGAAGCAAAAAAACAUCGACACCAUAAAGACACUUAUUACAGUGGCUCACACGGACGGCAACUACCUCGGGAACUCUUGGCACGAGAUCUUGAAAUGCAUCAGCCAGCUGGAGCUCGCUCAACUGAUAGGAACCGGGGUGAAGACCCGCUACCUGUCUGGGACUGGGCGCGAAAGAGAAGGGAGCCUGAAAGGCCACGUGUUGGCAGGAGAAGAGUUCAUGGGCCUCGGCCUUGGCAAUUUGGUGAGUGGUGGCGUGGAUAGAAGACAGAUGGCCAGCUUCCAGGAGUCUGUGGGUGAGACCAGCUCACAGAGUGUGGUUGUUGCCGUGGACAGAAUUUUUACUGGCUCUACCAGACUGGAUGGAAAUGCAAUAGUUGACUUUGUCCGCUGGCUGUGUGCUGUGUCCAUGGAUGAACUGGCUUCUCCCCACCAUCCUCGCAUGUUCAGCCUGCAGAAGAUCGUGGAGAUAUCCUACUACAACAUGAAUCGGAUCCGACUACAGUGGUCCCGGAUAUGGCAUGUGAUUGGAGAUCACUUCAAUAAGGUUGGCUGCAACCCCAAUGAAGAUGUGGCCAUCUUUGCUGUUGAUUCGCUACGGCAACUCUCCAUGAAGUUUCUGGAGAAGGGUGAAUUAGCCAACUUCCGUUUCCAGAAAGAUUUUCUGAGGCCCUUUGAGCAUAUUAUGAAGAAGAACAGGUCUCCGACCAUCCGGGACAUGGUGAUCCGCUGUGUCGCCCAGAUGGUGAAUUCCCAGGCAGCCAACAUCCGCUCAGGCUGGAAGAACAUCUUUGCCGUGUUCCACCAGGCAGCCUCUGACCACGAUGGGAACAUCGUGGAGCUGGCUUUCCAGACUACAGGCCACAUCGUCACAACCAUUUUCCAACACCAUUUCCCGGCAGCCAUCGACUCCUUCCAGGACGCCGUGAAGUGCUUGUCGGAGUUCGCCUGCAACGCCGCCUUCCCCGACACCAGCAUGGAGGCUAUCCGGCUCAUCCGCUCCUGCGGGAAAUACGUCUCUGAGAGGCCGCGAGUGCUACAAGAAUAUACAAGCGACGACAUGAAUGUUGCUCCUGGUGACAGAGUCUGGGUCCGAGGCUGGUUCCCCAUCUUAUUUGAGCUCUCCUGCAUCAUCAAUAGGUGCAAGUUGGAUGUGCGGACAAGGGGGCUCACGGUCAUGUUUGAGAUCAUGAAGAGCUAUGGCCACACCUUUGAAAAGCACUGGUGGCAGGACCUGUUCAGAAUUGUGUUUCGGAUUUUUGACAACAUGAAGCUGCCUGAACAACAGUCAGAGAAAUCUGAGUGGAUGACAACAACCUGCAAUCAUGCACUUUAUGCUAUUUGUGACGUAUUUACCCAGUUCUAUGAAGCUUUGAAUGAAGUGCUUCUUUCUGAUGUAUUUGCACAAUUGCAGUGGUGUGUUAAACAAGAUAAUGAACAGUUGGCUCGAUCAGGUACGAAUUGCUUAGAAAACUUAGUAAUUUCCAAUGGGGAAAAAUUCAGUCCUGACGUCUGGGAUGAAACAUGCACCUGUAUGUUGGAUAUUUUCAAAACCACCAUCCCACAUGUUUUGCUGACAUGGAAACCUGCAGGAAUGGAGGAAGACACAUCAGAAAAACAUUUGGAUGUGGACCUGGACCGCCAGUCUUUAAGCAGCAUAGAUAAAAAUGCCUCAGAGCGAGGCCAGAGCCAGCUCUCCAACCCGACUGACGACAGCUGGAAGGGCAGACCAUACGCAAAUCAGAAGCUGUUUGCCAGUCUCCUCAUCAAGUGUGUGGUCCAGCUGGAACUGAUUCAGACCAUUGACAACAUUGUGUUCUACCCCGCCACCAGCAAGAAGGAGGACGCCGAGCACAUGGUCGCUGCCCAGCAAGACACACUGGAUGCAGAUAUCCACAUCGCCACGGAGGAUCAGGGCAUGUACAAGUACAUGUCUUCCCAGCACCUCUUCAAGCUCUUGGACUGCUUGCAGGAGUCCCAUUCAUUCUCAAAGGCCUUCAACUCCAACUAUGAGCAGCGGACUGUCUUGUGGCGAGCAGGUUUUAAGGGCAAGUCAAAACCUAACCUUCUCAAACAAGAAACCAGCAGCCUGGCCUGUUGUCUGAGGAUCCUGUUUCGGAUGUAUGUCGAUGAGAACCGCAGGGAUUCCUGGGGUGAAAUACAGCAGCGACUUUUAACUGUGUGCAGCGAAGCGCUGGCCUAUUUCAUCACGGUGAAUUCUGAAAGCCAUCGGGAGGCCUGGACAAGCCUCCUGUUGUUACUUCUGACCAAGACCCUCAAAAUAAAUGAUGAAAAGUUCAAAGCACAUGCUUCAAUGUACUAUCCCUACUUGUGUGAGAUUAUGCAGUUUGACCUGAUCCCUGAGCUCCGAGCAGUUCUGCGAAAGUUCUUCCUACGGAUAGGUGUCGUGUAUAAAAUAUGGAUCCCGGAAGAGCCAUCGCAGGUAGCAGCGACACUGUCACCAGUGUGGUAGCCCUGACCCCUGCAGGCCACUGCUGCAGCUCUGCAGAACAUCCGUCAAGCCACCUCUGACUGGCACAGCUUGUGAAGAGUCACACGGAAACAAGGAGCUGCCGCCUUGGGUCUCAGAUGGCCUGGAGAAGGAUGGCCUCUCUGCUGGCCCUAUCAAAGUCCCCAACUAAGGCUUGUGGCAUUUCAUUAAGUUCUUGUAUACCCAGGUAGCACAGUUGGUGGGGAUUCUGUUUCGUGGGUCAUUCCAUUUUACUGAUCAAACUGUCAAAUCUGUCACUGCAAAUGCCAUUAUUUCCUAGCCAAGUCCCAUGACUGGCUGUCAAUGUUUUGUCAGAGGAAGUCAUUCUCCUUGAAAAUACUGAACAUAGCUGUAUAGGUUCGUGACUAUUAGAGAGUAUAUUAAUAAAAUUUCUUGUAACGGCUAACGGCCACCUAAAAUACGCUGGGUUCUUUGUUGUGUUUGAGUGUGUCAGAUAAGUCUGAGUGCUCUUGUCAGUGCCAGUCAGCUGUCGUUUGCUUAGUCUGGGGAAAGGUAGGAGAGGAGGAUUGUUUUUAUGUUUUGUUUUGUGUCUGAGUGAUUUUUUAAAGUAUUUUACAAAGAGAUAUUAUUGAAGAUUUGAUUGAAGGCAGAGUUUAUUUAGAAUUAAGAGCUUGCAAGGUUAAAAAAAAUGUUGUGCCUCGUGGCUCUCUGUUUUAGUAACGUGGGGAGAAAAAGUCUUUAGGGAAAAAGUGAACAAUUUAAUGAAAUGGUUGACCUUCCUUGGUGUAAGUAUUUGUGGAUGGGUGUUCAGUUAAAGUUUCCAGAAUACAUUGUCCAUCUCACACACACUGAAAUCUAAUAUAUGAAGUAGUAAUUGACCCAGAGUUCAUUUACCUUUGAGUAAACCUUUUAUUUUUACCUCAGGAGAGUGAGUGUACUGAUGGUUCGUGUUGCUGCCUUGCACGGUCCUCAUCAGAGGGACCUUGAGACAGAGGGACAGUAACGGUGCAUGAGAAGGGUUGCUGCCAUGAGCUUCCUCAGCUGACAUCACGGUGGGACCAGAGCAGCUGGGGCCAGCAUAGGUGAACUGGGACAGUGGCCGCAGGCGGCAGGCCUGGCACCGGCUGCUCUCCGUGAGGAGCUGCAUGCCUUUGCGAGGAGAGCUUCCGGCUCCUGUGUGCGCAGCAUGGCAAGGGGGUCGAGCAGCGCCGUGGCAGGGGCAGCGCGCUGCACUGUGAGAAGAGAACUCUGCUCACUCUCGGCCUGGGCAGCGCGGAGUGCAGAAGGGUCUCCAGCGUGGCUGGGGACAUUCAGGCUUCCACCUGCACUCUAGUCCUGAAAAUCGGGGUGUGUCGAUGUCAACUCUGGUGCCUUAGAAGUUAGUUGUUUGGGAAUCUUAUCUGUAAAAUCAGAUAUUUUUUUCUUUCUAGAGAAGGAUUUCUGGUGCUUUUGCUUAUUACUAAGAGACCGAUUUCUUAAGUUUCUUGUUGUUGUUUUUAACAGCCUUGAGAAAUGUCCUGAUUUUGGCCGGCAGUACUCUUACCUACUUUUUUCUUUCCCAAAAAGUGUUUUGAUUUCUCUACCAAAGAACAAAAGCAGGCUUAGGUUUUCACCUUAUUUCCGUCCGUAGGUAGGAGGAGCUGAGCAGUGGAGCAGGGAGGGACUGUGGGAGGUUUGCCUGUGCGGGGAGGCGUGAGCAGCGCGACUGACUGGUCCUGGGAUCUGCUGCAUCUUGAUGCUGCACUUGGAAACCUGCGCCACGCGGUGUUGCUCGUCACAACCUCCGCAAGUCACUUGUCCCCACUGACGUUUGUGCUGAGGUGUAGGUGGGAAUCUGUGUGUUUGCUCGUCACUGUGUCCUGCCCCACAGCUCCACCCCGACAGGUGGCUUUCCUUUCCUUCUGAGGCUCUCAGGUGGCAUUUUGUUUGUCAGAAUUUCUCCAGGGUCCUCCUGCCUUCUCUUUAACUUUUGCCUCUCACAGGUUAGGAAAUAUGUCAUUGUGUUUUAUGACUUGCUGAAACGUUUAGGCUUGCAUUUCUUUUUAAUUUAAAAGAUUUGGGGGCUGGGGAUACAGCUCACUUGUUAGAGUGCUUGCCUUGCGUGCACAAGGCCCUGGGUUCAAUCCCCAGCACCACAAGAAAAAAAAUUAAUUUUCAGAACGAAUCCUUUAAAUUGUACCAGCAAUGGACCUUUUAAAGACUAGAUGUAAAACCAUUCAGGGUAGUUUUUCUUGUCACUGGACAAUGACAAACAGAGGAAAUCCCUUACCUCCAGUAACAAGCCAUUCAGCCUAAGUUCCUUUCUGUGAAUAAGUCUGUCCUCUCGUGGUGAAUGUGGCUUGGGCCACACAAACACUAGUGAAAAGGGCGUGUGCAGUCAUCAGCAUCGGCCAGGAUGCUAUUAGUAUUUAAAAAGUCACGGAGGAGAGCAAAGCAUUUCCAAGGCCUUAUUUCUUUCUCAGAAUGCUUUAUUAAGUGUUGGUUAUUUGUGCUGGGUCUCUAGAGAAAAGUUUUUGUUAUAAUACUGCUGCUUGAGCAAUUUUGUUUUUCUUCAUUGUCUGUUAGGGAAAUCACCAGCUUUGGCAUCUUAACGACAAACGGUGGAUGGUAAAUUUUAUUUCUAAUAUGCACCUUUAGUGUCAAGUAUACCUUUUCCUUGUACUCUUCAUGUACAACCAAAGAACAUACAUUAUAAAAAUUGUAUAAUAUUAUCUGGAAACAACAUUUUCCUCUGACAGGUAACUUUUGUACAAAACGCAAAAACAAACAAAUAAAAAAACCAAACCUUUUUUGUUAUUCUGUGGUGAUUAUGGCUCUACGUUUAAUAGUCUUUAUGGUUAUUUCAGUGAUCUGCUAAUAAAUGCAAGUAUGGCCCUCGCAUCCAGACGUUUGUUGUUAUGAUGCAAACGGGUAUUGGUUUCAAUAGAAGCUGGUUCCUUCUGAAUUCUGUUUUAGUACCUUUGUUAAGGUAGACACAGCUUGAACUCACACGAAACCCUGGAGUUCUGCUACCAGUAGCUUUGCAGUUUGGAAAACAAAGAAACCAAAACUGAAUUAUUUUAAAAGAAUGAAUAUAUCUGGAAAUCCUUGCUCUCAAAAAAAUGACACUCAUCAAAGGUGUAGUUUUUCUCAGUAUUCUAAUUUUUUAAAAAAAUUAUCUGCAUAUUUACAUCAAAUAUUUCUUUAUGUGCAAAAUGUAUGUUUUACCUCCUUAAAAUGCCUAAAAGUUAGUUAAUAGCUACUUUGGUUAAUCUAUACACAAUGAUUAAGUGCAUUUAAUAUUGGUAAUUUAAUGAAAAGCAUUCCUUGCCCAGUGGAUGUAUACAUUUUUGAAAGAAUAAAGCAGAAUUAUAUAAUAUGAAAUGCUAUGUAAAGUUUUCUAUGUAAAAAUAUUAUGUAUAAUACUGUUAAAAUAUCCCAUGCUUUGAUCAGGUGGUAAAUCAAUAAAGUUUUAAAAAGUAAA